CAUUGGCUGCAGGCGCUGAGUCGCGCUGUCCCGCCCCACGGCCUCUCAGGCCACCUCCACCUGGGCCUCCUGUCCUUGGGCCCGCGGAAACCCACCCUACUGCCCCUUGUAGUUCUCGCCGCUUUCGUUGCGCGCUCGUGUGAAUGCUCCGCGGCUUCUGAGCGCUCGUUUUAACAACCCCCCACUGGGGGCGCUAGGGCAUCUUAUACUCCGCGAUCUCCAAUCCUUACAAUGUCUAACCCGCUCGACUGGCCGUGUUCCCUGGAUAUGGCAAGUGUAUCGACUAAAGAUCCUCUUUCCCAAGAACGCUAACACAGGCGUUGUCUUCUGAGGCUCUGAAUGACUUUAUUCUUCAAAUGCCUUUACCUUUUCAUAGCUCCAGAUCUAGGAAAAUGUGACACUCUACAGGUGACCAGCUUCUAGAUCACCCCUUUCUACCCACCAGUGACUUGAGUGGGGAGAUCCAGGGGCAGCAGAGGUAACCAUCAAGAAGGUAUUUAAAGAAAUGAUACAUCAAAGAAGAGACGCUGGGGGAAAAGAGACAUGCAGAGACCAGAUCAAAGGAUCAGACAAAGAGGAGGAACCUUCAGCUGCCCCAGCCCAUGGCCAAGGGUAUCGUCCCUGUGGAAAACCAGCCAGGAACUCAAAGCCCGAAGCUAGGGCCAGAUCCCCUGUUGUCCCCAUCAUGGUCAAUGACCCACCAGUCCCCGCCUUACUGUGGGCCCAGGAAGUGGGCCAUGUCUUGGCAGGCCGUGCCCGCAGGCUGAUGCUGCAGUUUGGGGUGCUCUUCUGCACCAUCCUUCUUUUGCUUUGGGUGUCUGUGUUCCUCUAUGGCUCUUUCUACUACUCCUACAUGCCGACUGUCAGCCACCUCAGCCCUGUGCAUUUCUACUACAGGACAGACUGUGAUUCCUCCACCGCCUCGCUCUGCUCUUUCCCUGUUGCCAAUGUCUCACUGGCUAAGAGUGGACGUGAUCGGGUACUGAUGUAUGGACAGCCAUAUCGAGUCACCUUAGAGCUUGAAAUGCCAGAAUCCCCUGUGAAUCAAGACUUGGGCAUGUUCUUAGUCACUGUUUCAUGUUAUACCAGAGGUGGCCGAAUCAUCUCCACUUCUUCACGCUCAGUAAUGCUGCAUUACCGCUCUCAGCUGCUCCAGAUGCUUGACACACUGGUGUUCUCCAGCCUCCUGCUGUUUGGCUUUGCUGAACAGAAGCAGCUCCUGGAAGUAGAACUCUACUCUGACUAUAGGGAGAAUUCGUAUGUGCCAACAACUGGAGCAAUUAUUGAGAUCCACAGCAAGCGCAUCCAGAUGUAUGGGGCUUACCUCCGGAUCCACGCCCACUUCACCGGGCUCAGGUACCUGCUAUACAACUUCCCCAUGACCUGCGCCUUCGUGGGUGUGGCCAGCAACUUCACCUUCCUCAGCGUCAUCGUGCUCUUCAGCUAUAUGCAGUGGGUGUGGGGUGCUGUCUGGCCCCGACACCGCUUCUCUUUGCAGGUUAAUAUCCGACAAAGGGAUAAUUCAGGACAUGGGGCCCAGCGUCGGAUCUCUCGCCAUCAGCCAGGUCAGGAAUCUACCCAGCAGUCAGAUGUGACAGAGGAUGGCGAGAGCCCUGAAGAUCCCUCAGGAACAGAGGGCCAGCUGUCUGAGGAAGAGAAACCAGAGAAGCAGCCCCUGAAUGGAGAAGAGGAGCCAGAGCCAGAGCCAGAGGCUAGUGAUGGCUCCUGGGAAGAUGCAGCUUUGCUGACAGAGGCCAACUUGCCUACCUCUGCCUCAACUUCUGCCCUUGCUCCUGAGACUCUGGGUAGCCUCAGGCAACGCCCAACCUGCUCCAGUUCCUGAACAAAAGGAUGGAUUCCUCACAUUCCAGCACUUUCCCAUGGGGCACCUUUUUCCUUGUUCCCUUAAUAAACUGUUUUGUGCCAGC